AUGAGUGGCCGCAGCCCCGGCGCCGUAGCCCCACAGGUUCCUCCUUCACUUUCCACAGUGGAACCGGAGACGAGCGGAGCCUGAACGUGAGAUCCCAGGCAGAAGGAGGGAAGACCCCCUGACAAACAUGGACGUGGAAACCAAAAUUAAGAAGAUGGGCUUAGGUCAUGAGCAAGGAUUUGGAGCCCCCUGUUUAAAAUGCAAAGAGAAAUGUGAAGGAUUCGAACUGCACUUCUGGAGAAAAAUAUGUCGUAACUGCAAGUGCGGCCAAGAAGAACAUGAUAUUCUCUUAAGCAAUGAAGAGGAUCGAAAAGUGGGGAGACUUUUUGAAGACACCAAGUACAGCACCCUGAUUGCAAAACUAAAAUCAGAUGGAAUUCCUAUGUAUAAACGUAAUGUUAUGAUACUGACCAACCCAGUUCCUGCCAAGAAGAAUGUCUCCAUCAACACAGUUACCUAUGAAUGGGCUCCUCCGGUCCAGAAUCAGGCAUUGGCCAGGCAGUACAUGCAGAUGUUGCCCAAGGAAAAACAGCCAGUGGCAGGCUCGGAGGGGGCACAGUACCGGAAGAAGCAGCUGGCCAAGCAGCUCCCUGCACACGACCAGGACCCUACAAAGUGUCAUGAAUUGUCUCCCAAAGAGGUGAAGGAAAUGGAGCAAUUUGUGAAGAAGUACAAGAACGAGGCUCUGGGAGUAGGCGACGUCAAACUUCCCCGUGAGGUGGUGGAUCAAGGCCCCAACCAAAUGUACAUCCCUGGUGGAGACCGAAGCACUUCUGCGGCCGUGGGGGCCAUGGAGAACAAAUCUCACGAGCACAGAAGAACUCACUAUGCCUGCUAUUGCUGCAAAAUGAAUAUGAAGGAAGGAGAUCCAGCCAUCUAUGCAGAAAGGGCUGGCUAUGACAAACUGUGGCACCCGGCUUGCUUCGUCUGCAGCAUCUGCUAUGAACUCCUGGUCGACAUGAUUUACUUCUGGAAGAAUGAGAAGCUGUAUUGUGGCCGACAUUACUGUGACAGUGAGAAACCCCGGUGCGCUGGCUGUGAUGAGCUAAUAUUCAGCAAUGAGUAUACCCAGGCAGAGAACCAGAACUGGCACCUGAAACAUUUCUGCUGCUUUGACUGUGACAACGUCCUAGCAGGGGAAAUAUACGUGAUGGUCAAUGACAAACCUGUCUGCAAGCCCUGCUAUGUGAAGAAUCAUGCUGUGGUAUGUCAGGGAUGCCACAAUGCCAUUGAUCCAGAAGUCCAGCGGGUGACCUACAAUAACUUCAGCUGGCACGCAUCCACUGAGUGCUUCCUGUGCUCCUGCUGCAGCAAGUGUCUCAUUGGGCAGAAGUUCAUGCCAGUAGAAGGGAUGGUUUUCUGUUCGGUGAAGUGUAAGAAGAUGAUGUCUUAAGGGCACCGAGAAGUAUCAGCUCUCCAUGUUGGUCUGCAUUUCUACUGUAAAAUCCAAUUUGAAACAAUAAAAAGCAAAAAAGGACAUGUAAA